AUGUCCACGUUGUUUCUAUCGAAACUCGCGCACGGGUUAGCCGUACUCCUGCUUUCUCUUGCGCUUGUUAGAGGCGUACAAGGAGCGCUUUUCUCGGAGAAGAGCUCCGUGAUUCGCUUGACGCCCGCGAACUUUGAACAUGAGAUCCUGAACAUCAACAAGCCGGCACUGGUUGCGUUUACCGCGCCAUGGUGUGGGCAUUGCAAGAAUCUGGCACCACACUUUACCCGCGUCGCCAACGAGCUUGAUGGCGUCGUGAAGCUCGCAUAUGUGGACUGUGACGAUGCAAGUUUGCAAUCGAUCUGCACAAAGUACGACGUGAAAGGGUUUCCCACCAUCAAGUUGUUCCCUGCGACGAAGCGCCGCAUUCCGCGCGAAUAUGUUGGCGAACGACGUGGCAAGGCCAUCAUGGACUUUGCACUCGAUGCGCUGCCGUCAGAAGUCGUGCGCAAGGUCGAUGCGGCAGAUCUUUCGACGUUCCUAGACAAGGAGUCAAGUGCCAAUGCCAAACUGGUGCUUGUGACACCCAUUGGCAAGACAUCGCCCAUGUACCGCUCACUUGCACUCGACUACUAUGGCCGCAUCCCCUUUGCUUUCGUAUACGCGGGCAAAGACGGCGUCGUCGAGACCGUGCAAAAGGUCCUGGACCCUGAGCUAACCAAAGACAAGCUCCCUGGUCUGUACUUUGUAUCUACACAGAACUCCAAGCAUGCUGUCAAGUAUCGCGGCUCCAUGCGCUACCGGUACAUCAAGCUGUGGAUCGACGAGCAGCUGGGUGGCGCAGAGGCCGAAGCGGCCCAAGCCGCGCGUGAGGCAGAGGCCAAAGCUGAGGCGGAUGCCAAGGCCCAAAGGAAGGCCGAAGCAAAGGCGCGUGCGGAGGCGAAAGCACAGGCGCAGGCUACGUCGCGCGAAGAAGAAGAGACUGCGUAUGGCGUGCAUGAAGAUGACAAUCUCAAGCUCGUCAGGCAGCUGGAAAGUCUCAUGGCCGACGCGCAGCCAGACGACUCAGACGAGGCCCGAGAGGCCGAGCUCCAAAGGCUCAAAGACCGUAAGCUUCUCAAGAAGCUGCUCGAUGCGCGUGAGAAGCUCAAGAAGGAGGAGGGCGUCAUUGAGCAAACGCCUGAUGGCCCCGUCACCAAAGAAUUGCUCGCUGAGAAGCUCCGCGAGCACUUGGGCGACAAAUGGGGCAUGCGUCUCGCAGAGCACGCGGACAAGACGCAAAAGACCAUCGAGCGUCUGUUGAUGGAGAAUCCGGACGAUACAAAGAGAGCCAUGAAUGUUGCCGAAAAGGAGUUUGUUGAACUACUGCAAGCGGAUGAAAAGGAGAUCCAAGAUCAACUACAGGCAGGCGCUGACGCCGAUGGGUACCCACUGCAGAAAGACGCUAUUGAGGUCAUGCACGAACAUCUCGGGACAAUUACCGGGCUCAUCAGCACCAUCGAGUUCCGGAUCAGCGCGCGUGAGGCAGGCCUCGAUGAAAAGAGGGUGGCACAGGAAAUGCUCAAGCGCUUCCACGAUGAGCUCUAG